UUCGUCGCGACUAAGGACUCGUUGCUGCACGUCUCGGCGGCCAGGCGCGUGCGCACCGUGGCAACCUGCAAAGGCGGCCAUUUCUUCGGCAUCGCCACCAGCCUGGACGUCAGCGCGCUGUUUGUGUCGGACAUCGGCAACCACAAGAUCCGGCGGGUGGAGGUGGCGACGGGCGCGGUGACUACGCUCGCGGGCAGCGGCGCCAGGGGCAGCGCUGAUGGCGUGGGCGACGCGGCGCAAUUCAAAAACCCAAUUAUCCUUUCCGUCAGCGCCGACGGCAGCACCCUCUCGAUCUGCGACAACGGCGGCCUCCGCCAGGUCUGCGUGGCGGCACCUCCUCCUCCCUCCUUCGCGCCGCUCGUGGUUCCGCCCUCCACCUUCUUCGCCGACAUGGGGAAGAUGUGCGGCGACGCUACUCUGCCCCAGGGCAUGGUCACUUUCCUGGUCGGCGACGACGAGGAGCGCUACGAGCACGUCACAAAGGCCAUCCUCUGCGUGCGGUCCGUGUUCUUUCGGACAAUGUUUGGCAUCGGCAUGAAGGAGCGCGACGCUGCCGAGGUCACGGUGCCCAAUGCCGACCUCGCCAGCUUCACCGCCCUCGUCCGCUACCUCUGCACCGACCAGCUCGACCUCGGCGAGGGGGAGGGCGAGCAGGCGCGGCGCGCGCUCGUGCUGCGGCAGCUGGCGCAGAUGUACCAGGUGCCGCGCCUCGAGCUGCUCUGCGCGCAGGCGCUGCAGGAGCGCGUCGGACCGGCGAGCGCCGUGCCGCUGCUGGAGGCGGCGCACACGACGGGCGACGGGCGGCUCCUCGCGCAGUGCCGCCGCUUUGUGGCCGACCACGCCGCCGAGGUGCGCGCAAGCGGCGGCGUGGAGCAGCUGCGCGACCUGGGCGUGGCCAAGGGGCUGCUCGGCGACGCGCUCGACCAGGUGGCGGAGCUGGAAGGCGCGAUGCGCGCGCUCCGCGUCGCGAAGGAUUAAGCAGCGCGCGCAUCGCGCCUUGCAAGGGCCGGUGAGCACCAUUGGAGAGAGAGAGACUCUUCUUGCACAUUGGUGAGUUUUAAUUCUAUUUUUUUGCCGGGAGUCGCUUACCCUACGGCUUAGGCGGCUUCCCGUGGCGUACCUGUUUAGUGCGAGUGCGCGCAAAUUCCGUGCCCAGUGUCGUUUGAUUGAUUGAUAGGAAGGCGGCUUAAUC